AUGAUCCUUUUCGAUAUAAUUGACGGAAAAACAUUGAAAAGUCCGUCAGCCACUCACUAUCUAUCUAUCUAUCUAUCUAUCUAUCUAUCUAUCUAUCUAUCUCCGAGGGUGUAUAAAAACAAGGCAAUACUCAGAAGACGAAACAAGUCACCAAUGAUAAGUGUUUCUUUUCUCUUUAUAUCUAUAUAUCACUCCUUUCAUAUCUAUCUAUCUAUUUAUCUAUCUAUCUAUUUAUCUAUCUAUCUAUCUAAAAUUCUAGAGUGGACAUCAUUCUUCAUAAAUUUUUCUUUCUAUCUAUCUAUCUAUCUAUCUAUCUAUCUAUCUAUCUAUAUUUCUAUCUCAUUUUGUUCGUAUCUACAUAAGCCUCUUCAUAGCUGUCUAUCUAUCGAUGUAUCUAUCUAUCUUAUACUGUUCGUAUGUACAUCUGCAUAUGCCUCUUCAUAUCUAUCUAUCUAUCUAUCUAUCUAUCUAUCUCCGUUCAAUCUAUCUAUCUAUCUAUCUAUCUAUCUAUCUAUCUAUCUAUCUAUCUAUCUAUCAUUCUGUUAUUUAAAAUAUGUUAUAUUUAUUUUUUCGUUCAGACUUUCCCUUUUUCUGUCUGUCUUCCACUCUGUUACUGUCUUUCUUUCUCCCCUCCCUCUCUAUCCUCUCUCUCUAUCUAUCUAUCUCUCUAUCUCUGCCACAAAAUACCUAUUUCAAUCAUUUUAUAUCUAUCUAUCUAUCUAUCUAUCUAUCUAUCUAUCUAUCUAUCUAUCUAUCUCAUUCUGUUACUAUCUAUCAAUCUCAUUCUUUUCCUAUCUAUCUAUCUAUCUAUCUAUCUAUUAUCUUCAUACGGGAAGAUAG